ACCUGCACAAAAGCAGCAUUUACCUGAACCAACCAAGGUGCCUGUAAAGAAACAAAAGGUAGAGAAAUCAACCAAAGAAAAUCCACUGCAGAAGGCAUCUUUUAUCAAGAAGCCUUCACAACAAGAUUCGUCAACAUUGAAGUUCUCAAGCCAUACAAUCAUAUUAUUUGAUGAUGUCGAUACCAUCUUUGAGCAAGACGAUGGCUUCUGGAGUGCUGUGGAGUCUGUUCUGAUGACUACCAAAAAGCCUGUGAUCUUCACAGCCACCAGGAAUCUUCCGCAGAUAAGGACGAAGCUUCCCAGCAGUUGUCCACUGGCUGAAUUUGCCCAUCCAAUACCAGAAGAAGUUUCUAAACUGGCUAUGCACAUCUUCAAAGCUGAAGCUCUGAGUUUGCCAUUUAAUGAAAACGUUAGUUUCUUGCUGCAGUAUUACCAUUGUGAUGUGAGGAAAUGUGUACUACAGCUGCAACUUGAUACUGCAUUGCAUAUGCUGGGGCAACAUGCCAAGCAUGCCUUCCGUGCUGAGGCUGUGCCAGUUGGAGAAGACCUCAACGAGCUGCUUCACUCGAAGGCACUGGAUACACGCGUAAUCACUCAGCGCAGGUUUGAAGAUCUGGGUUUGGACAUAACUCACCUCUGUUUGACCGAUGUGCUUCCACUGUCUACUGUUCCUGCAGCAGUGCUACAAGAAGUGGAUUCUGAUGAUGAUCUGAACGCAAUGGAAAGCGGCAAUGCUUUAGACUCUAGCUGGCUUUCUGAUGAAGGAAGCAGUGAUGCCCGCCAGUGCAAGCCUUUAGCAGACAUUGGCAUCAAGAGGGAAGUCCAUCCGCAAGCCUCCCUAAUUAGACAAUGUCUUUACGAGCUUGCUGGCAUGUUUGAUGGCUUUAGCACUGUUGACUGCCUCUCUGGUUGCCUUGACAGAUGUGCCUACAAUAGUUCAUGCGUGCUACCUUUUGACAGUGUAGAAGCAUGGCGAAAUGGCAAAACACUGGCACCAUCCGUAGAUGUAGGAGACCUCCCUAUGCCUUCCGCUGUGACUGAUGCCCUAGCUUAUAUAAAAAUGGGCUCUGUGAAACUGGCAACUUCCAGACUUGAGACUAGUCUCAGUGGUACAGUGUGUUGUGUACCUGAGCUGAGCAUGGUCGUUUCCCCCUCUAUUCCAAAUCUGUGCAACAUUUAUGAGAUAGCAGAGAAAAACAGGUUUUGGCGCAAAUGUUGCCAGCAGAUCACAGACUCUGGGAUUCCUCUGAGUGUAGUGUUGAACAAACGUGCAGUGUUGGAUUACAUAGGUGCCCUGCAAGUAAUCUGCAAGUGUGAGAAGCAGCGUAGAAAACUUAAGGCGAAACGAGCUCAGAGGUUCCUGCAUUAUCUCAAUUCUUCGGGAAUAUUCUUGCAGAGUCACUUAAUUGCGGCCCUGUGCAAGGGUUUCCACCCGUAGUACUUUGUAAAGAUGCUUCAUUUAUUUGCCACCACCCCUUUAGUUGGUAAAAACAUGCAGGUUGUGGCUUUAAUCACAGGACGAUAACUGCAUGCUGUUAUACAUAGGUUGACAGAGCCUUGCUUAUGGCAGGACUUAUUUACACUGUUAAAAUAAAUGCACCAUGCAGUGUCCAGCCUAAAUUUUUAUUGCAGUGCUGCAUCAUAUGGCAGCCACCACGGUUUAGCUGUAGUCUAGACAGACUGAU